GCGGGCGGGAGAGGUCGAGUUCCAGCGCUAGAAACCCUUUUUGACCACCGUAGUAGUAGUACGUAGUACUACCACCACUACUACGACUCUACUCCUCCUAUUGCCCGUGUGAGGGGAGUCGUACCACCUGCUGCUGUUUUUUCCACGGCCUCGUCGUAGCACCCGUCUCGUUCAUUUUGUUUACUGCGUUCGUCUCUCCGCCCGUACGGAAAGCGCAUGACUGCGUGCGCGCGCGCGCGCGCAAGCCCUGGGAUGCUGGCACGCGAGCUCGCCUGCUCUCUCCGGAGCGAGCACGCCUCGCCCAUUCGUACACGAGGUCGCGGACGGGUGCGCUUGCGUGCUCCCCCUCCCUCUCCCCCUCCCCCUCCCCCUCCCGCUCCCGCUCCCGCUCGUCGCGGAGAGCUGCUGUGGGCAAUCCCGUUGCCUGCGGCAAGGACCCCAGUUUGGUCUGCAGAGGGGCAAAUUGGGGAGCAAGGGGUGGAGGCUUGAUAGGCUUUCGGAGGUCUGUUUCCCUCGGCACCAUGUUCAGUUUAUCCAAGGCAGGAGAUUGAGGGAGGGGGAAGGGGAGAUUGUUGGACUUUGAGUUUCUUGUUGGACUUUGAGUUUCUUGUUGGACUUUGAGUUUCUGUUUUGAAGAAAACAGUGAGAGAGAUUACGUGGAAUGAGACAGAGAGACAUAAGUACGUUUUGUUGAGAGGGAAGGGUUUUCAGGACGGUGUGUGUGUGUAAGUAGAGUAGUGGGGAGAGAGAGAGAGAGAGAGAGAGAGAGGGGGGGGGGGGGGGNGAGAAGAACGAGUACAGGUGUUAGAUGGACAGCGGGGUUCGAGAUGGAGGUGCCGCGGCGCCGCCCCUUCCGCCGGCACAGCAGGAGUCCAAGGUUAUGAAACCAACUCCUCAGAGAGGUGGGUUAUCGACGGACUUCUCGACCUUGGGUCAUUCUACAGCAACCGUAUCCAAAAGCAAUUCUUUCUGCUUUUCCUUUCCUCCCUCCAGCACUUCGACCGCGACUAACACCACUUCCAACGGCAGCGGGGGGGAGGCAAUUGGCGGGGGGGAGGGGGACUUGACAGUGAAGACGGAAGAUUCAACCGCUCUGAAAUCGUCCUCGACUAAGCACUUCUUCGGCGACAAAUUGGACUCUGACAACAAAUCCUCUUCCCCGUUUCUCUCUCGCAACAACUCCUUCGGCGGACUGUGUGGGGGGAACUCAGGUGGCUCUGGUGGCGGCAAAAGCAGUGACGCAGACGCCAAUCAUAUGCUCGGGAAGGCCGCCAUGUCGACCUCAGUAUCUUCUGCUGGAAUGGGAGCCUCCUUUCUCCACCACGAUCGGGGCAAUAUGGUUGUCGGGGUCGGGGCAGUUGGAAGCAGUCCCCGUCCCGGCUCCCCAACCAAGCAACCUUUGAUGAAGGCUCGCUACAGGAAUCACUGUCCGGGCACGUUGCUGACGCACCUGGCGCCAGGUGUCAAUCCGUCGGUCAUGCUCGAAUCUCCAUUGCUCAUCGAUGCCCCGCAGGUGGUGCCUUCACCAACGUCUGGGAUAAUGAAUUUUGGAUACCAUGCCAGCAAGGCGUACAUGCCAUCGGACAUGAGUAAGGAGACAAGUCACUCUUCCGGUUUUCUUAUUGGGAGAAACCAAUCACAUCAAAGAAACGAUUUGUCGUCUUCUUGCCUUGGAGGAGGAGGGGGAGGAGGAGGAGGAGGAGGAGGAGGAGGAGGAGGAGGUGGGACUUCACCGAGGGCUAUUCCAGCAGUGCCUAUAAUGACCUUGACAAAUUCACUGCAGCCCCACCAAGAGACAACACCUGCUUUGACUGCGACACAGUCGCACGAGCAGUUGCCACAGAAGCAUCAGGCACGGCAAGAGGCACAGGAGGAAAGGAGAGCUGUCGCCCGUCCAGUUCAAGGAAGUGGCCGAUCAGCAGGCGGUUUUCAAGAAAGAAGCGCUCCUGAUUGCUGGAAUUGGCGAAAAUAUGGACAGAAGCAUGUGAAGGGGAGCAAUCAUCCAAGGAGUUACUACAAGUGCACGCACCCCAGUUGCUCAGCAAAGAAGCGCGUGGAACGAACACAUUCAGGGCUGGAUUUGUCAGUGGAGUACAAAAAUGACCAUAACCAUCCCCAACCAGCAAUGUUGCGGCGAUCAGCUAAUGCAGCUGCUGCAAGGAUGAGGAACAGCAACUUGGGAAAGGAUUCAGGAAAGAAUUCGUCUGGAGGGCCGUCAUCCCAUCUCACACUGGCUAUUGUGGGCUCUGACAGAGAUGGGGGAUGGGGGAAUUCUGGAGACGGCCGUGAACUAAAUCUAGAUGGUGGGAAGGUCACAGUUAUAGAAGGUGAAGGGCAAUCAGAUGGAGAGGAUAUGUGGACGCGUGUCCACGAUACCAAUCGCCAUUCACUGGAUGAUGAUGCCAAGUCACCGCCGAAUGUUGGUGCCGUACGGCUGGACAGAUUGAACUCCUCUGGUGACGCCUCCCCUUCCAACUGCGAGGACGGGUUGUCCAGUGCCAUAACAGUGGCCAAUUCCUCCCCCGUCUGUGGUGGGGGGGGUCCAGGUCGAUCUGGACAAGCUUCUGCCCGGCUUUUGUAUCCCCCCUAUUCUGGGUCGGCAAGUCCCCCGCAUUCUUCGUUGUCACGGUCCUCAUUUUCAAGUGCUGACAUGGAUGAUAUGGAAGACACUGAGAUGGAGCUUGGAAUGACCACAUGUGCUAAGCGAGGUGUUGAGGGUGGCGAUGAUCUAGAUGGAUGCAAGAAGAGGAGAAAGGAUAAGAAGGAAGGGGUGCCGAGGGCUGUUCGGGAGCCGAGGUUUGUGAUCCAGACUGUCAGCGAGAGGGAAGUAAUGGACGAUGGGUGGAGAUGGCGCAAGUAUGGACAGAAAUAUGUCAAAGGAAAGAGCCAUCCCAGGAGUUAUUACAAGUGCACAACGCCAGAUUGUCCGGUGCGGAAGCAUGUGGAGAGGUCGACACAAGAUCCCAGUAUGGUUAUCACCACGUAUGAGGGGAAGCACACGCAUGAACAACCUCAAGUUGGGUUGCGAGGUGGGAGCAACCUGGGCUGCAUGGUUGGGCCUUCGCUCUUAGGUGGUAAUGGCAAUGGCAGGGGCAGUGAUGACAUAUCGACUAUUUGCAUGAAUGGCACAAGCAACGGCGGCAGGAAUGGGAAUGGGAGUCGAAGCUCCAUGAUUGUGCAAGGCGCACCACUAGGUCAGGCCCCAACUUUGAUGCUUGGGAAUUAUGGACGAAUAGGGAGCGAUGACGGUGUCCGAUCGAGUGGUGUUGGCAGCAAGGGUGGAAGUGGAAGUCUCUACAGGGGGUAUGGAGAUUCAGGCAUGCGCAAGGAUGAUAAUAAUGGAGCAGAAGUAGAACUUGGGAUGAGAGUAGGGUCUGUCGACAGCGACAGCAUGAGAGGAAGCGACGGAGUAAAUGGUUUACAAGGUGUUGCGAUGGCUUUGGUGAGGAUUGGCGGAGAGUCAGAUGACGAAGGUAUUGUGCGAGGGAGGAGCCUUACACACAGAUUUGAUUCAGCGGCAGACGGCAUGGACCAUCGGCAGCAUGAUGGGCUGGAAGGUGUCUCUUCAGGUUCGAAUGUUGCUCGCGCGAGGUUGGAGAUGGCGGAAGGCAGGGGGGGUAUGGACAAUUGUGUCCAACCCCAGCCGUCGUUUUAAAACAGCAAGGUGUGAUUUAUUGUGUGAGCGGUGGGUGUAUUGUGGUGGUUAAAAGUGUGGAGGUGGGUGCGUCUUGUUUUUUGCGCUCUGCCAGUUUGGAAGUUUGCCAUCUGUUCGUUCUUUCUGCCGGCGCCGUCCACGCGAGGCCUACCCAAUCCUUGGUCCCGAUCGAAUAUCGUCCCCAGAGGGAAGAACCAACCGUGUUCGACUUGUGAAACACAUGUGCCCACCCGUCUGGAAGUUAAAGAGCUUGUGUAAGGUCUGAGGGAUGGUGCUGGGAAAGAAAAACAGGCUGCUGCUGCUGCUGACUGGGGACCGGCUGUGGUGGCGAUGCAGACCGAAAGCCGUAUCAAUUGUGUGCUUGGUUAUGCGGGCUCCUCUCGGGUGGAUGCCAUCUUCUUUUGCAGUUUGGCAUGCUUGUGGUCAUGGAUGGCAGAGAAGCUCAUCUUGCAGGUCUGCACCGACAAUCGAGUGGAUUUGCUAUUUCACCUCUCUGAAAGGUAACAAGCGGGGACUGGUGGGAGGUGUGUGCCAUCGGGGGCUUGAAGCGUGCUUUUGUCCUUAGCCUUCUGAGCACAAUGGAUUGCACCAGAGGUGGGUGAACGUGCAAAAGGGAGUGAGAAGGGGUGGUUGAGAGAACAAGUUGCAGGGUCUGGUCCGAAGAACGCCAGCAAGUCGAGCGUGAAGGAAGAGGGUGCACGCCGCACGGGCCUUGGGCCCCAUGGAUAGCUCUGCAGUGGAGGCUUGGUCAUGGUGUGAAACCAAGAUGGAUGGCUCAGGUAAUUGGUGGCGAGUACUGGUAUUGGAGGCAAGCUGUUAGAACCGUGCAUGCAAAGGAUAAAGAAGUAUCUGUGAA